AUGGACAUUUUCAUGCGGAAGCGUCAGUCGAGGCUGCCCACCCGGCUCCUGUCGCCAGACACGGUCCUCAAGCGUCGCAAGGCGAACAGUUUCGAGCUGGCUACCCUUCUGUGCAGCUAUUUGAUAGGAAAUGGAUUUGCAGCGUGCGUGGUGUCCGGUUACGCUACGCGGGAGAUCGUCAACAACGACCAGCGCCGGGUUAGCUGCCCGUACGUUCCCUGUCCGGUUCAGGAGUCCAUCGAGGAAGAGGUGACUGAACCGAGCAAGUAUCAUUUGCGCGAUCCACCCGAUUUGCGCAGCCGCUAUCUUCUCGAUUUGGAAGAGGAAAAACUAAACAAAAUCAGAGACGAGCAACGCAAACUGGAGCAGGCUCAGCAACAUGCGAUUGAAGAAUUGGAACGUCCCGCAGAGGAUUCCAAAGCGGGCCACCGUGUCCAUGCCUGGGUCGUAGUGAUAAUCAAUGCUCCCUGGUGCUACAAACCGGGCUAUCGCGAAACCGUAAUCGAUCCGAACAGCGGCGAGAGGGUUCUACUUCCGCCGAGUGCAUUUUUCAUAGAGCCAGCUUCCGGUUUUCGCUAUGAAGUGGAUGCCUCCUGCUACAUGGGAAUUGAAAGUGUGUGGAAUCAACACAACUACUAUGUUAACAAGCAGGAUCCCAUUACCGAUAUUAAAAGUAUGCGCUGGGAUUUUAAGAACACUAAAGACUGGGAACAUUUUUUGCCCGGCGAGCCCUAUGAGUUGCGAGAGGAUUGUAUUGUUCCGGAGGAUCAGGAACCUUUGACCACAGAGGAAGAGUUGGAAAAAGAAAAACACCUGGACCUGCCAGCAUCCUGGGUUGGCCCGUUACGGGUCACGAGAAAACAGUUCGAGGAACGAUUUCCAAACGGCAGUAAAGUAAUCCACUUCAAGCGAGCCGUUUACGAACGCUUUGCUCCCUACUCGAACAUGAUAGGAUUGAGCAAACGGCUGACGUUGUAUGAAACGUUGGAGUACGAAAAUCCCACCACCCGCUGGGAGUGGUACAUCAAUCGGGACGACUCGCUGGCGUUGAUUAUGCACGACUACGCGAGCAACGACACCGAGGAAACGUUCGCCCGUGGACGACCGGAUAGCUUGCGAAUGCUGCGGCGCAGCUCCGAGGCUAAUCGGGAAUGCACGCUGACGUUCUUCCACCAGUAUCGGUUCGAUUCGCUGAAGGAGUUGAUCUAUCAUCCGUCCUACGUGCGGGAAAGCUACGAUCGGAGGGACGAUUUGUUGUAUUUUCGAGAGUUUAAAAACAUACCGAGGAAUUUGGAAACUUCGGAAGACUGCAAGCUGACGCAAAUAACGGAAAAGUUCCAUCGUAACCCCGCGAAGGAAGCCGUUCGGGAUAUAGCAACCAGAACGUGUUAUAUCGAAGAAAAUCGUAUUGUGUUGCAAUUUCACUAUAACGACGAUUGCAUCACGGCAUCUACCAGAGAGUUUAUUAAGCCACCCAAAUCAGAAAUGGGCGAAGAAGUACCGUACGAUCCGAGCAGUACCUCGGGAUAUAUAUCAAACCCGUGGGACCCCCAACCAACUCACCUGGAACUGUUCCUGCUGCUCAAGGAGCAACUGAAGGCCGAAGAAACCUCUUGCCGGGCCUUCAAAUGCCGGGUAGCUGACACGGAAACUUUGCUCAGCGAGCGGAAAAAGCAAAUUGAGUCGCCAAAGCUCAAGUUCAGCCUGUUUGAUCCACUGCGCAACGAGGAAGCUCGCCGUGUGCGUUUGCAAAAGUACGAACAAGUGAAGGCCCGCGAGGAAAUGAUUAAACAGCAGCAAGCUGAUUUCCUGGCACCGUACCUGCUGCGGAUGAAUGCCAAUGACGUCUCCAGGGAGCGACUGCGGACUGCCUACCAAGACUGCGUGCAGGACCUGGGCAGCUUUUAUCACACCAUGGAAGAUGAAAUGAAGGUCCGGCUGGAUGAGCUGAUAGCCGAAGAGCAGGCUCUGAAGCGGUUUUUGGCCAAAUUCCAAGACCACUUCGAGGACGAAGAGUACGAGAAAUUCAUCACGGAAGGGGAGAACAUUGAGCUGAAUAAAAACGUUGUUGGGAUGCGCAUUGAAAACCUGCAAGACGAGUACCAGCAGAAGGUGGAACACUUGGAAAAAACAGUUCAGGACAAAAUGGGAAAAGUAUCGUUUGACGAUGGGCAUCCUUGA